CAUCACUCUCUCUUUUGCCCCCGCCGGAAAUCUAGUCUCUUCUCUCUGCUUUUGCUGGUUACAUGGUCAGUCUUCUAUCUGGCAACCUUCGUGAGUGACUUAAACAAACGCGCGCAUCAUUUACAUUGGGAAAAUCGUACGCGGCGGCGGCGGUGGUACGACCCAACCUCUCUUUCGGAAAUACUUUCAAAACACAAUCAAAAACGAUACUAAUGAAACACCGUGCGAUAAUCCUUCCGUGAGUGAAGUUUUUACCAAAAAAAACAACAACAAAUAUACAAAAAGAAAUAUAUAUAUAAAAAGGGAAUUCGUGCAAUGCUGGAUUUACUAGGUAUUACCAGAAUCGAAACAACAACGUUGAACACGUUAUGGUGCGCUCGAAAAAUGCAGACACCUUGUUGGACGGAUCUUGUUGGCGGACAGAUCGAGAUAUUGGAAUUCGCGCAUUAACAGUGAUUUAGUGCACCAUGAAGCCGAUAAGUUUCGAGAAUUUGAAGCGCCUGAUGGGCGGUGGUAGGAAGAAAAAGGAUAAGGAAUCGUCGUUCAAGAGGAGCGAGUCCUUUAAACGAAUUUCGAUUAGGAAGAGUUAUCUGGAUCGAGGGAAGAAGAGGCAUCUCCAUAAGUUGGAGGUGGCGACGCAGACGGUCGUUGAAGAGACGGCUGCGGCUUCGGUUUCAGAGAAAGUGGAUAGUUCCGUGCAAGUUGAGCUUCAGGCUUCGAGCAGCAUUGAAUCGAACGAGAAGCGCGAAGGACCCGGACAAAGUGUGAUAGCUUAUGGUCAGUGGUUGAAAUGCAUCAAGAAGGAGGAUCCAACGAAUAAUGGGAAGUCUACUAAAGGAGCAGAGCGUACUAUUAUCUAUGUACCUGCUUCGGACGAAAUCAAAGCACCUCUCAUUAGGAAGCUCUCUUCUUCUCCUACGUCCCGUAAAAAGUCGCUGAACUUGGAUAAAUCGUCCCCGAAUUUACAGAGGCAGGAGAGCAACGAUUCAGCGCUGGAAAUGUUUCCGUGGGGCGAUUCCACCGAAGUCCGGAAGUCGCCCAUAAUCCGGCGAAGAACGAAAACUCCACCGCUGAUGCCGGAUUCCGGGAACGAAGAGCUUUGCUCGCUGUCCAUAAGUUUAGGUAGGAUCUGGAUGGACGCUCCUCAAGUCAUGGCUCCUCGCAGCUUGGAGAUGCCGAGGACGUCGCAGUCCGCAGUUCACGCUCACAACUCCCUCGAUAGCGCUCUGAAAGAUUUACGAGACGACCCGAUAGUGAUGAACCGCCUCCAAAAGCGAACUGUCCUCCCCAUCGGAAGAACGUUAUCAUCCACCAGCAACACCACCGCAUCCACCGGACUCUUCUCCAGCAAAGAUUCCGGAUUCUCCUUCAGCAUACCCAAAUUAAGUGACGAUAGUCUCAUGUCCCGAAGACUCUUCCGCAAGAAACGCACGAAGCCCAAAUUAUCAGUAAGUCGCGACAAUUACUUCAAGAGAACGUCAGAAGCGAGUUCCAUACGCAGACACAGCAGUCGCAAAAAGAAAACGCGAAACUCUUUAAGAAAACCCACUAAGGGCGAAACGUACCAAAUCACCGGAAGACCCUACAACAGAUCUCUGAAAUCUCUCAAGAUGGACCCCAUGAUCUUCGUUCCACCCGAGAAGCGAAAGCCUACAGAUAAAAAACGGAAAUGCUUCAAGAUCCAUGAAAUAAGGAACCUCACGCCCUGCAUCGAUACCAUUUACUCGAAGAAGUACGCUGACAGCGAUGACGGUUUAUACGAGAGCUUGAUCGGCGACGCGGAAGAACUGCAAGUAGUCGAUCGAAUUUCGCGAAUGCAUCUCCGCAAAAAAGAGGAGGAUCAUUUGGGAGGAAGCGAUGCGUUUCCCGGAAACGAGGCCCAACUGUCCGACGAAUCGAGCAACUCCGAAAUUGAUUCUUCCGCUGCGAGCGACGAUGAUUACUAUUACAGUUCCUCGUCGAUAAGCGAUGGUGGUUGCCCUCCCGUAGGAGUAUCCUCUUCUGCUGCUCCCAGGAGACGCCCGGUCCGUAGACGCAGGUCGGAACUUUCGCGCAAACGAAGCAUAACAUAUGUUGCGAAGCCGACGAUAUUGCGAGUGCCAUCCACACUCAGACGACCUCAUAAAAAAGUUGGUGAGUAG